UCGUGUUUUGACACUCCCGUUGGUGUUCGUGAUGAACUAAAAGUGAUACCUGAUGAUUACAUGACUGCAAGCUCGGUGCUCCCUGGUUUUCUAGCCAAAGAUGGUCGCCUGGCUGGAACUAGUGCCUGGUGUCCACAAACAAAUGGUAGUGACACUGAUCCAUAUCUUGAAAUAAGCCUGGGUAAAAGCUACAUAAUAUGCGGCAUCGAAGUGCAAGGAAAGCCUAAUGCUUCCGAGUCUACAAACUUUACGCUCCAGUCUUCAACAAACGGAUCAAACUUUAUUGAAGUUGACUCAGGGCAGGUAAAUAAUUGACCUUUAAUUUUUAUCAACUUGUUUCGCUGGCGGGUUUAUCAGAUUGGUUUUAUGUAAACUAUUUAAAGAUAUCCAUGGUUUCUGUCGAGAGUGGUUUGAAUUUGAUGCUUUAGACUAUCAAUUUCCACCUUAAGGUGGGCUCAAAAUAUUUUUCUUGAAUCAGCGAAAAUAUUAUUCCUACCGACCAGGGAUAUUAUAAUUUGAUCCUCAAAUCAUUUAAUUAUAUACGCGCAAAACCCAUUUUUUGCCUAGCACCGAGGUCAUAGCUGGACAUAAUAUUCAAUAGCCAGCAUCACUAAACAGGUUUUUAAACCAACUUAUAUCAAAAGUAGUAUCACAACACAGCACAGCAUUGUUAUCGUUGUCUUUAUACGUUUUCUUUUUCAUCGUAGCUUUUGUUUUCAUUAAUUUUUCUCUUUAAAACUUUGUACUUUCCACAAAUGAUAUUUCGAAGUGGGGAAUUUUUCGGAAUUUUUCGAAGUGGUAAACGCUACUUGCAAAUAGCGCAUUCCUAGUGAAAAUGCAAAGUUAUGUUUUUUAUAGACUUUUUCCCUAGGUGUUGUCGUCCUGAUUACUAGGUCCCUUGCCGCUGUCAAUUACGACUUUCACUGCCUCUAAGCUGAAGUCUAUACCUUCUACCUUUGACUUCCUUGUAUUAGCAGCCUAUAGACUUGAAUUCUUCUGGGUCCUUCUCCUAGGUUUCUAUACAACAGAUUAUUAUCGAUGAAUAUUCGGUACAAAAACACGACAUGUGACAUGGUGUCGACUUUUUUUAAGACUUAUUAUAGAAUCAAUAAAUUGAAUUUCCCUUAAUCCUGAUUAUUUUUAUUGAUUUUGAAGUAUUAACACUUUCGGUACCUCUCCAGACCUUUAAUGCCUCUUCGGCUGGUGGUGAUGUCGCUACAUUCCAUGCCCUGACAGCAAACGUAACUGCAACACAUCUGCGGUUUAAGCCAGUUUCCAACUUUAUAUGUCUGAGAGUGGAGAUUUACGCUGUUCCA